AUAAACCUAUUCAUUCCAUUUUCAUCUCCCCCAAUUUCACAAAAACAAACCAAAUUUCUGGGUAAAAGCUCUUCAAUUUCCUCGAUUUUUUCCUGAAAAAGAGUUGUUUAUUUUUAUUCUUUCGAUUAUGACUCUCCAAAUUAAGAAACUGGCGACUUCUCCUUCUCGAUCAGGCAGACAUCUGCAGCGUUAUAAUCAGGGAUUUCGUCUAGUUGUUGGAUGUAUACCUUACAGAAUAAAACAGAGCAACAAAAUCGAAGGGAGUUUAAUUGAGGAUUUGGAGGUGCUUUUGAUAAGCUCCCAGAAGAGUUCUAGCAUGAUGUUCCCUAAGGGUGGUUGGGAACUCGACGAGGAAAUCGAACUGGCAGCUUUAAGAGAGACGUUGGAGGAAGCCGGUGUGAUUGGAUCCCUCGAGCAUAAAUUAGGGGAAUGGAUUUUCAAGAGCAAACGGCAAGAGAAGUUCCACGAGGCGUCGAUGUACUCGUUGCUGGUGACGGAGGAGCUAGACGUAUGGCCGGAGAAAGAUCUCCGGCAACGCGUUUGGAUGACGGUCGACAAAGCUAGACAAGUGUGCGCGCGGUCAUGGAUGAAGGAGGCGCUCGACGCCUUUGUAUGCCAGAGAGGGCAAAAGGAAGACGAGCCCCAAGCUCCGUCACCGUGUAGGUUAUAAUGGGGAACCGUUAUUGAUCCUCAUUUUUGAAAAUAAGACGAGCUAGGAUGUUGAAGAUUAGUAGUUAGUUAAGUUGGAAUUGAAUUUUAGUUAGCAAGGUUGGGAUCGAUUCUUUAAUUCUUUGAUAUGUUUAGUUAGAGAGGUCUGGUUGUUACAUUGCAUAUAAUUUCGACGUAAGUUGAAGUUGUUCUGAAGCUUCGUUGGAAGCUUGUUUGUUGCACGCCAAUACUGAAUGAGUAAACGCUUCUUUACCCAUUUUCAA